AUGGAUAAGCUGGAAGAACUGCAGAGAAAAAAGCCCGUCCUUCACGCAGCAGAGCCCAAUGAGCCGAAAGAGCUGGAACUGCUGGAAGCACCUCCAGCAUCUGUUUCCCAGAAGGCGCUCAGUUUACCUCGUUAUACCACCACUGUCAAGAUCUACCUUCUCUCAACAGGAAGAGACCCCGGCAGCACUUGCGAGCUGAGGGGUUGGAUUGUGAUGUUUACAGACACUGGCCGUCCUUAUCGGAGCAUCAAUGUCGACAUGCCCGUGAGUCACGACUUUAGUGGUGAUAAUAACGGACGCGGCACGAGAGUUGCUGAAUUUACUGUUACGACUCUUGGCAAACCUGCCAGCUUUGCUGGGUUUCUCAUGGAAGAGGGAUUUUUGCCUUUUGUGCCAGACAAGGUUAUCCUAAACUAUUUCCUUGACUGGGAUACAGCCCCCCUGGAUUGGGCUAAUGGCAGUGAGUGGAUGAGCCGCCAAGUCUGCAAGGACGAUCGAAAUUAUGCUUGUCACAUCGUUUGGCAAGUCAGCCCCACCAUUUCAUAA